CGAAUUCAUGCUCCCGCAGGUCCAGAUAAUGGCACCACUGUGAGUACCCACGAUCACCAUCGCCCCGUGAACUGUCGGUGUCGAGCCCUCCGUUUGGGCCACGGUGUCUUGCCUCCACCUUCACCGUGCCCCGCUCACCUCACCCGCGAUUUCCUCCAUCUUGAGCCACUGUACUACCUCGACUACCUCCUCCCUAAUCCCUCUCAUACUCAGU